AUGAAAGAAAAGUACAAAGUGGCGGUGAUCGGACCGGCAGGAGUGGGCAAAACAACGAUUGUUCAUCAAUUCGUUUACAAUAAUUAUGUGGAAGUAUACGAUCCGACAAUUGAGGAAACCUACAAGAAAUCGUUCUUUUGUGGAGGAGCACAUGUGGAUUUGGAGAUUGUUGAUACGGCUGGGAAAGAACACUUCCCGGGGAUGUUGGAUCGAUACAUUGAAUCAGCUGACGCUUUCCUUCUCGUCUACUCGAUUUCCGAUGCUCGAUCCUUUUCUCAAAUCUAUCAACUUUUCUCGAGGAUUGCCUCGAUUCGGGGACCGAUUGGGAUCGCUCGAAUGCUAGUGGGAGCGCAGUGUGAUUCGGCGAAACGAGAGAUUGAUCAUGAUGAUGGAGCUCAACUCUCGGCACAGGUGCAAUGCUCGUUCGCAGAGGUUUCCGCAAAACACAACAUCAAUAUUGUGGAAAUUUUUGACGAGCUAGUCGCUCAGAUGAGAUAUUUGAAGAAUCAGGACAGAAAUCGAUCAACGAAUACAUUGAAUGGAAAAGGUGCAAUCCUUCCAAUGGCCGGCCCUCAUCCCGAUCAGUGGUAUAUUCGGAAGAAAGAAUCGUGGUGUUGCUUUAUG